AUGCAGUUGAGUUUCUUGAAGAAAUUGGUUACGUUUCGACAGGAUCCGUAUGAAGAGUUUGUUGAUGCAUUUAAAAACAGUACUGUCAGCAAUGCAAUAGAGAUUGCAAAGAAAAUGGAGCAUACAGAGCCAUUGCUUUUGGUUGCAUGCCGUCUGCUUGAUAUGCUGAGCAAUCCAGAGGACCUUUUGAAGAGGAAUCUGUUCAUGAUAUCCAUCAAGCGGACAGGAAUCAAGACAUGCACCAUAUGGAUGCUAUACAAGAAAGGCAUCCUAAUAAAAGAGCUGUACAGAUACCUCAAUACGAAAAGCACAAGGGAUUACAUAUACUACCUUAGCCUGAAGGAGGUGCUUUUGCAUGGGCAUUACAUGCUGAUGGAAAAGGGAAGUGUGCAUGAGUGCAUAGAGUAUUUGCUAGACAAUCUUGAUGACUGGGAGUUGUACAAGUAUGCACUGGAUAACAAAAUAAGGCUCAACAGCAGGAGCAGCACGAAUCAUGAGUACUACCUUUUGCACAUACUUGGAGAGAAGGAUAGAGCAAGCAGGAUGCUUGAGUCACGAACAUGCAUUGAGGAGAUAUCAACGAUUGCACGACUUGGAGGCCUAGAGUCGCAUCCAGAUCCAGUUAUUGACUGCAUUAUUGAGCUGGAGAAUGCUGGGUUUAGCUAUGGACUGCUGAGGAGGGCAUAUGAUGUAUAUGCGAAUCAAAAAUCAUUUUUGAGUGUGAAGAUGGUAGUUGCAUGCCUGGUAGCAUCGAAGAAGGCUGAACUGCUUGUUCUUGCGCUUUACAUAUCCUUCAAGCACAGGAACGAGUUUGAGCAAAAUCAUGAGAUGCAUGUGAUCUAUAUGUUUCUGUGCAGAUACUUUUGCUUCUACACAUGUGUUGUUGAUACGAUGAGGCUGCUGAAUAUCAAGAACAUUCAGAUUGUCAGUAUGUCGUUUGUAUGGUCUGAUAUAUUGUUUACAAAGCGGAUCGGAGUUCACAGUGCCGCUAACCGUGUAACAGCGGAGAUGAGCAAGAGAAUAUGUGAGGUGAAUGAAAUGAUUGAAUGCUGUGUGGACGAACUUCGUAAAGGAAUAAGAUAUCUGAUUGUAUCUGGAAACCUUCCACAUGCAAUUGAUGCGGCAGAGCAUCGAAGAUCUCUUAUAGGCUGUGCAGUAGUGCGUGAGAUGAGUGAGCGCAAGAUUGUUGCAUCUGAAGCAAGCAAUGCAUUCUGCAGUAUGCUUGGGAAGUCUGCAAGAUAUUUGUUUGAAAAGAUGACGAAGGAAAGGAUUCCGACGAGUGAGAGCAUGUUUUUAACUGACAAGGAUGUGCAGAGUCCUGACAGCAUGGAUGGCUUGCUUGAAAACGAGCUGUGCAGCAUUGACGAUGAGGUGUUCUGUGUGUUUUUCAAGUCUUGCAUGGCACAGAGUCUUGCAGACCGUAUGCUAGAGAAAUAA